AUGCUCUUCUGUUUUUGGUUCUUGUGGCUAGUGGUGGCACAUGUUCUUGACGCUUCGCCAACUGCUAAACCUUCUGAAAGCCCUGUGCCCAAACCGUCUACAAUCGUGGACUACUUGUCUUCAAGCGCACAAUUCUCCUACUUUCUCCGACAUUUGCAAAAGCACAAUCUCAUACCGGUAGUGAACAAGCUCCUGAACGUUACGUUAUUUGCUCCCGUGAAUCUGGCUUUUGUGGAUGAUCAGUUUGCCAUCAACGACACCACAGAUACUCUCAAGCGGUAUUUUGCUGAUGAACGGCUGUCUAUUGACCCCUCUGGGAAAGAGGAUGUGAUUCUCGAUUCCCUCUACAUCACUAAGCACUACCGCGAUGGUAACACGAGCUUUCCUCUAAAAGUCACCAGUACUCCCAACGGCGCUCAGGUAAACGAUUUUGCCGACAUUGUGGAGGCGAAUUAUUACGCAAAGCACCAGAGAUCCUACAUUCAUACGAUAGAUCGACUACUACCUGUACCUCCUACGUUGUGCUCUAUGCUAAUGGAUUCGCAUCACACAUCAAUUAAUGGACACUCUAUUUCUUUCAUCAAACAAUUAUUCCAACUGGCUUUUACCAAUAUCCGUGGCUCUGGAUUCCAAAUGUCGUGCGAAGAAUAUACAGCGAAUGUGUCGACAAUUUUGAUCCCCUCCGAUUCUGUCAUUGACGCUUCACUACUGGAUUUGCAAAAGAAGUAUUAUACGGUUCUUUUCAGCGGCAUCACUCAAGCACAUCUAAAACCUAGUAAAGAUGCGAUCCGUGAAGUCAGAGCUGAUAUUUUGCAACUUCUACUGAACCUACUUUUUCCUCAUGUCAUUGGUGGAAAUAGAUAUUCCAACAGCACACAGAAGACUGCAUUGGGCAAUCAUUCCUAUCAGAUAAUCAAAGAUAAAGAUACCCAACAAUUGAUUCUUAAUGGAAGAGUAAGGACCGCGGUGAACGGCACCUCUAUAGUUGCUGCAGAUGGGUUAGUGCAUGUUAUUGAUGUCGAGGACAAUUCUGAUUCAAAUGUUUUCUCUGAUUUGAAUAUCGAAGCAGCAGAAAUGAUACCAAGAAAGGCUCUUUACGCUAUGCACUUCUCAUAUCUUGUGAAGGAACUAAAAUUUAGAAAAUUGGAAUAUCUCAUCGACGGAAGUACGAAAAAUCAAACAAUUGUGGUUGAAGUAUCUGACAGAGACGAUUAUGUUGAUGAUGAUGCUUUUUUAGCGGCGAAGAAAGUCUCAUCGAACUCAUUCAGCAACAAGCAGUCGAUGCUCUAUCACUUUUUGGACGGUGCUGUUGAUGUCCACAAAGAAUUAGAUAAAAGCGCCUCCUAUCGCCAUUUGGUAUUCUCUAAAUUAUGUCUGCGGAAGCGGAAUCAACUCCUGCUUCAAAGUGAAAGUAUAUGGUACAGUCUCAGAAGGAAGGAAGAAAGUACUGUUCAAUGA